CACGACCACAAAAUCUCAGCAUCAUCACGUAAAUUCUAGCAGUCUGAAAACCAAUGGUUUGCCGAAAACGUACGGUUUGCGUUACGUGACGUAACGACAUUUCCCCAGUGCCUCUCUCUCCCGUUACUUGUCAGUUUACAUUGCGGUUCUGUUGGAACGUGCGUCGCUCGUGUUGUGCCCGUGUGAACAGACAGUUUUUCCAAUAAAAUUCGUUGUUUGAUGACAGUAAUGCAUAAACAUGAAGCUCAGUAGCGCGGAAAAACGGGAACUUGACAAGUUCUCCAAAUUUCUCGCCCUCAAGUCCACCCAAAUCAUCGUGCAGUCGCGUAUGGGCGAAAAAUACUCAACGCCAUGCAAACCAACAUCCACCGGGCAAGAUUGGUUCAACCUAAAUGUGAAGGACAGUGCUGAAAUCACAGAGGAAGCCAAGAAAACAAUCACACAUGACUUUUACGUGUCACGUUUGCCUCUUUCGCUAGAAAUCUCCCUAACAACAUUGGAGGGUGACAAAAUGAUCCUUGAGUCUUGGUGCCUUGGUCUGUUGCCUGAACAAUCAGAGUACUCCUCCCGCGUCAUAUCCACUGUUUACAAUCGCAUGGGUAUGCUGUUAAAAUCCUUGCUGUCAGUCACCAGAGUGUUGCCAGCUUACAAAGUAUCCCAGAGGGCUUCACCAGAAUCUUACAACAUAUAUUACAGAUUGUAUUAUGGUGAACCAGAGACACAUGGUUUGGGUGACGGGUUCAAACAAGUGAGAGUGGGACAGUUGUGCACACCUAUCGGUACCCUGUUUAUGUCGGUCGCGUAUCGCACAAAAAUGACCAUCUCGCCAACUCAAACCGGAAAGGAUAAUUCGAUAAUGCUGAAAAGUGACCACUUCAACACAAACCUGAGCCCGAAAAACUACAAACAAAAUGACGACAAAACUUCUUCGUUGACCGAAACAAUGAGGAUAGGUCCGUUCGCGACCGUCCAGCCGGUCAAAUUUAAACAAUACGAGGAUCCAGACUUGAUCAUCCCGUUCAGCAAACUUCUCAAAUACACCGACAAAAAGCCGUCGAUCUCGGAGGAAAACGAAGAGAACGAAUCGAAAAACGGCCAAUCCGCCAUCGAUGAGAACAAAAAUGGUAAAAACAAAGACGACAAAACUGAAGAGGAGAAAAAAGAGGAACAGAAGGAGGAGUCGUCGACGUCUUCCAGACUAACGAUGUUCACCACGAACGACGACUUCAUUAUGGUAGACUUGAAAACACCGUUCGCCAGCACGAACGCGAGCGGCGAGCUGGGAAAGUUCUACAGGGAGUGGCAGACUGCGCCGCCGCUCCUCGAAUUCACGGAGAUUCCGCCCCUGGCCGAGUUGGACGUGACGAAACAGUUGGAGUCGUUCGAAUCGAAUCUGGACCAGUACGAUUCGCUAGUACAGUCGCUUUGUCAGUCGCCGAACAACAACUAGAUUUUUUUUCUUUUUGGUUUCCUAAUUGGAGAUAUCUUGGGAAAAUUAUAUUUAUUAUUUUUGUAUAUUUCGUUGUGUAAAGAAAAAAAAAAUAAGAAAUUUUAGACGUUUAGGUGUCAAAAUUUGUUAUUGUUCGGUGUAUAGUUUUGUAGAAAGGUUGUGAUCAUUAUGCAUGCCGGUUGAGGUUGGAAGAUUUUAAUAGUCGAAAUUAUUCUUAAAGUGAUUUAGAUUGAAUUUUAUAAAAACGUUGCAUACUCAACCAAUGUUUACUGGUCACAAUCUGCCGAUUUAGUUAUAUUUUUUAUAACACAGAUCCUUUUCACCAAAGACUGAUAAAGUUAAAAACGACUGUAAACAUGUACAUAAUCUAAUUGUAAGGAUUGCUUUACAAAUUGAAAGCAGUACAUAAUGAUUUUUGAGAGUACAUAGGUUUUAUUUACGUUAAAUAUAGAUUGCAGUUCUUUUUAUGUUUCCUCUGCUUGUUGUGUUGCGCAGCGAUUUCUAUGCUUAUUCUGGAGAUGUGCCUAAUUAAACGAACCAAUACAACCAAGAUGUCUUUAGGAGAAACCCAUGAUUUUUGUCUGCUUGUGUUCGUGAAUUAAUUAUAUUUGUUCUAGAAUAUUGUUACGUGUACCAUAAUGGUACGGUUUAGUUUAAUUAGGUGCUUUCUGGACACCCUUUAUUUUUUAAUAAAUCCUUUAGUAUUUGUAUUCGUUUUGUGUUAGUGUAGUCAAUAUUUGGUUUGCUCAAUCUUAUUUAUGUUAGUCGUAAUCGUCAUUUAUUUUUGUAUCAAAGUCCUUUAUUUAUUCAAAAUUUUUGAAAUUAUAACAGGUACAAAAUAUGUUUUUGACUGUUAAAUUAUAUUAUACGUUUAAAUACAUGCUAUUUAUCCUAAA